AUGUCAUCAAUUGAAAAUCUAUCACCAUCAGCUUUAAAUAGAAGAGGAACAUUCUCAAAAGCAAAAAGCUUUAGAAGAGCAGCAUUAAAUCUAGAUGUUCAAGGUUCCUCAGGACAACCACAUGUUUUCAGAUUUUUAAAUGGUGAAGAAUAUUCAGGGCCAGAAUUAGUUGAGGCUAUUAAGCCAAAUAAUAUCAAUACAGAAUCAGAAGAAUAUAAGACACCAUUGUUUUUGGGAGCAAAUGGUACCCUUUAUAAUAAAUAUUAUAUAGCAAUUAAAUAUAUUGGUAUCGAUGACAAUAACCCACCAGCAGGUCUAUCACCAUCAUUAUCCUCUUCAUCAUCAUCUUCUUCUUCAUCAUCAGCAUCACCAUCAUUAACCUCACCAACACCAAAUAAAAAUAACGAUAUUGGAAGUGUAAAUAAUAAAUCACCAUCAUCAGCAACAGUAAAUAAAACCUUAAAAAAGAAUAGUCCAAAAAACGACCUCACACCCUAUCUUAGAUUUAAUUCAACAGACCAAAUUUAUAAUUCAUUUCCAGACUAUCAAGCUUAUGACGACUAUAUAGAUUAUGAACAAUCAUUAAUUGAAUGGAAGAAACAAGUAGAAGAGAAUUUAGGUGUAGUUCAAUUACCACACAGUAUCGGUAGAACCUAUGGUAGACCAAAGUUACAACAAGAACGUUUAUUUAGAAAAAAUUCAGAAGCAUCAAAUGACGACUCACUCUCAUACGAUAUGGAGAGAAAAUAUACAGAUUCUGACAUGAAAGAUAUGUCUUCAGUAACCGAUGGUGAUAUAGAUGGCUUAUCUGGUACAGGUGGCGAAGAUUCAGUAAGCGGUAGCGGUAAUGUUAAUCAUAAUAGUGGUAAUGGACGUGAACGUAGUAAUAGUGACACUAGUACUGGCUCAUUCGAUGGCACCCAAUUAGACGGCUCUAAUAGUCCAAUGGAUGGAUCACCCAGCACAGGCUCAUUGGCUAGUAUCAUUGCAAAUGGUACUCGUAGUAGAAGUAAUAGUGGCGCAUUUAUAGAUCAUAGAAUUCAACGUUCAAAUUCACUUUCACCAAAACAUACAUUGCAAGGUCGUCUUGGAGAAUCUGGCGAACCAUAUGGUAAAAUGGGACGUACUGGUAGCUCAAUAUUUGAAGAAAACACCAUUCUCAACAAAGAUCCAUGGGAUUCACAACUCAUUUUAACAGAACCAAUGCCCGAGCUCUUUAGCACCUUUGAAGAAUAUGAAUUUGCAAUGAGAAAUUGGUCAAACGAAGUAAUCUCCAAAACCUCAGUUCUCCCACCACAUCCCAGCCAAUUCAUUCAAUUACCCUCAAAAGAUAAAAGUGACCAAACUACAAACCAAGAAUUGGGUGAAUCUACAAACAAAUAUAUUGAUGUUGAUGGUUUCGAUGUAAAUAAAUCAAAAGAAGAAUGGAUUCUUCGUCCAAUUGUACGUCCAAUUGUUACAGAGGAAACUUUAAUUUUUAAUAGAAUUUUAUCAAAUUCAAAGCUAUCAUGUGGCCAAUAUUUAAAUCUUUUCAAUAUUAAGGAUCAUCUUGACAAUCCAACCAAAACAAAUCUAUGGAAAACUUUACCACAAGAAGAUAGACUUAAAAUUACAGAAAUUGUUGAUCAAUGGUAUAGAAAAAAAAUGCUUGUUCAACGUCAAACAGCAUCAAGUUACCGUGGUGGUUUAUGGUCAAAUCAUUUAUUAAUGCCAACAAUUCAAAAUGGAUGGAAAGAGUCAGUCACAAAGAAAGGUAACCUUUUACCACCAUUAACUCUUAAAGCAGUUCGUCGUUCCGAUAUCAAUAGUGAAGCCGAUGGUAAAAGAGUCGAAUAUAAUUAUCCAAUACCAGAGUUACCAAUCAACUUUAGCAAACUUUUAUCACCAAAUAUGAAUUUACAAUACUAUUUAGUUUUAGAAAACCAACAAACAAAUCAACCAGGCUCAUCAGGCGCAGGCGGUAGUGGUAUUGGUGGUUCAUCAGGCGGCAGUGGUAGUGGUCUUAGUAUUAGCGGUGGUGGUAGUAAUUCAUCUAUCAAUUCAUUCACUUCAACUACACUUAGCAAUAUUUCAAGAGAGGAUAGAAAACAAUACCUUAAAACUCUUCAAGCCUAUGAAUCUAGACUUCAAUUUAGUUUUAGAUAUGAUCAUCUAAACUCAUGGUCUGAUGGUAGAAUCACACCAACCGAAUUACAAGAAAAGAAAAUGGAAAUCGAAUCUAUUGUAACACAACCAGGCUUUGAUUUACAAAAUGGUGUUUGGUCCCUUAUUAAUAAUGCUUCACAAUAUUUAGAUAAAUUCCAAGAGUGUUUCGAUAUGGGCGACAUUCGUUUAUUUGCACCAACCAUUCCAAUUAUUCCAGCAAUCAUUCCACAAAUGUUAUUAAAUACAAGUUCAUCUUCAUCCUCACCAAACAGUGUUAGACCAGCCCAACCAUUAUCACCACAUGUUAGUAGUUCAAUGUUAGGAUCACCACCAACUCGUACAGGUUCAACAGGUUCAUUUAGUUUUGCAGGUUCACCAGCUGGUAAUAAGAUGUCACCAAAUAGCAGCCAUAACAAUAUUGUUAUGCCAGGUACAUCAUUAGAUUCACCACGUUCACAAUCACAAUUAGCCGCAACUGUUGAACGUAGUGGUAGUCCAAGAAGUGGCUCUCAUGCUUCAGGCAAUGGUCCAAGUAUUUCUACAAAUAUUUUCCUUGGUCUUAUUAGUACAGAUUCAUUCCCAAUUCUUUUGAAGUUUAUUGAUUACGUUAAUAAUCCAUUAUCAUUAUCAAAGCUUUCAACAUUAGUAAUUUUAACUCUCUCAUCAGAACUCAAGGGUACAAUGGUAAUCGAAAGCAUUUUAUUCUCCAAAGAUUUAAAUUCACUUUAUCGUAUGGCCAAAGCUAUUUCAUAUUUUGAUGCAGUACCAUUGGAUCUUUUCCCAUAUCCAUCACAUCUCAAUGAAAUGCUCACACCAUCCAUUGCUAAAGGCUCAACUCAAGAGGUAGUUAGAUUAGUAUUUGUAUAUUAUUAUUUAGGUAUUAUUCAAGAGAGAUUAAAUUUCUAUUGUAAUAAUGUCGGCGUUUUAGGUUUUAUCAAUACCUCAAAGAAAGAUGCUGCCGAAAGAAUUGGCAUUCAAUUCCAAAAUGACAAAGAUUUCCUCUAUAAAAUAUUUAGAGCACUCGGUAGAAAAUCAAUUGAGGUUAGCAACUGCUUCCUUUUCGUUUUAAUCCAACUCAUUAAAAUGUCAGAAUCACCAACUGUUCACUCAUUAUUAAAGAAAGAUCUUUUAACUCAUGUCCGUGAUUUAUCACACUCCAAAUUUGCUCACUCUCAAUUUGCUGCCAAAAGAAUAUUCCAAAUUCUUCAAGAGGAUCCAUGGAAAGAAUUUUUAAUUGCUUGUUAUACCGAAAGUAUUAAAAAGCUCGAAUCACAACAUCUCACCGAUUUAACAACUUGUAAAGAAGAUGGUAGUAAUAGUCUUUUUGCUGAAUUGGUAUUCCAAUUCUUAACAUCAGUUUUAGAAAAUGUUAGUGGCUCACCAAAAUCACUCUACAAAUUCAUAUUGAACGAUUUCAUUUUCUUCCAACUAUAUAAUUUAAUUGUAAGAUCUAAAAAAUUCACUCAAAACGUUGAAUUGGUUUCAAGAUUAUUUGCUAGUCUUUGUAAAGUUUUAUCAAAAUUCAAUUUAUUUAAAAACAACGAAUCAAUUAAAAGUGGUGGUAAAAGUGACUCAAAGAAAUCUUCAACUGAUGACGGUAAUAAUAUUCCAAUUUCUCCAACUAUAUUAUUUGAAAUUAUUUCAUUUUUAUCAAAUACAACAAAUGAUAAUAAUAAGUAUUCUCAAACAAUUAAAACAAAUAUGUUAAUUUCAUUGAGACACAUAUUAAAAGUACAAGAAAUUUUCGAAACUAUCAAAAAAGAAGAAAAAUUAUUUAAAUUUUUAAUUCCAUCAUGUAGAGAUGGUAAGAAUCCAGAAUUCAAUCGUAAUAGUUGGAGAUUAUUCUUCCAAAUGAUUAGAUACCAUCAUGGUCAUAUAGAAUAUUUAGAAAAGAGCAAAUAUUUAAUUGCUUUCAUCGAUAUUAUUACAUUAAAUGCUGGUAAUGUGGUCCUAACCAAUUCACUUCACUAUUUAACCAAAUUAUUUUCAUUAUUCCAAUAUGAAACAAGAAAGAAUGUUAUUAGACCAGUCGGCUCAAACCCAAUCGAUACUAAAUAUGUAGAAAAAGAUGUUAAAUCCUUGGUUAGUUUUUAUGUAGAUAGACAUUUAUUCAUCAAAUUCCAUAUGAUCUAUAAAAAACUCAUUGAUUCAACCGAUGCCUCAGAUUCAAAAUCAAACGAUGUUGACCAACGUUUAUUAAAUGUACUUAUAACUCUCUAUAGAGUAAUCGCAGUUGUACCAUCUUGUCAAAAAUUAAUGAAGGACUCAUUAAAACAUUCAGAAUAUAAAAAUGGUAUCAUUCAAGUAUCAAAAUGGUUCUCUCCAAAUUCUAUAAAUUAAAUAAUAAUAAAUCCAUUAAAUAAAAGUAUAAAUAAUAAACUUUACC